AUGCAAUCUCUUAGAGACACGAAGCCCAACUUCAGCGGCCCAGUCCAGCCCCCCUUGACUGGGGUUCCGGAUGCUUAUCUCCAAGGCAACAUCAGGAUGACCCUGGAGGACUCACAGCUCUGGAAGUCUUUCAGUGAAAUAGGAACCGAAAUGAUCAUUACCAAACCCGGCAGGAGAAUGUUCCCUCAUUGUAAGAUCAGCCUUUCUGGUCUGAUUCCUUGUGCCAAAUACAUCUUAUUGGUGGACAUGGUCCCCGAAGAUGGCUUUAGAUAUAAGUGGAACAAGGAGAAGUGGGAAGUAGCAGGGAAGGCCGAGCCUCAGCCGCCCUGCAGGACGUACCUGCACCCAGACUCCCCGGCCCCCGGGAGCCACUGGAUGAAACAACCCGUGUCUUUCCUCAAACUGAAGCUCACCAACAACACCCUGGACCAGCACGGCCAUAUCAUUUUGCAUUCCAUGCACUGCUAUCACCCUCGGUUCCACAUCGUCCAGGCCGACGACCUGUUCAGUGUUCGCUGGAGCGUCUUCCAAACCUUCAUCUUUCCGGAGACUUCCUUCACCGCCGUCACUGCUUACCAGAACACCAAGAUAACCAAGCUGAAGAUUGACCACAACCCCUUUGCAAAGGGCUUUAGAGAUGAAGGAACCAAUUCGAAAAGACGUGCGAGUAGAAACCCAGCUUGCUCGGAGAAGAAAUCAAAGAAGCCAAACACAGAGAACAGAGACACUGACAAAGACAGUCCUCCAGACUUCCGCCAUUCGUCCUACGACGGCUUCCAGGAGGAGCCGGCCGACCCGUCCAAGAGGAAGGAGGGUGAGGUGAAGGAGGAGCGAUACUCCCCCUGGGCCUCCGAGAGGGGACAUGCUCAUGGCGGCCGGACAGAGUCCCCGGCGGAGGCAGACACCAGGGACAUGUACAACGCAGAGCAGCUCGUCCCAGCUCCGGCCUCGUACCAGCCCUACAGGUUCCACGAGCACGGCAAAUCUCCGUCUCCGCCCUCCAGCGUCGGCAGCAGCAGCGGCGGAUCCGUACGCUCCAGCUUUGAGUCCAGGAUCCACGACGUGGCCACGGUCCCCGAGCACGAGGCCUCCAAGCCCCCAGCGGAGCAGGGGCCCUCUCCCUGCGUCCCGCAGCCCCCCCCGGGCCACCAGGACUACGCGGGGGUCCUCAACAUGGCCAUGGCCCAGACAGCCAAACCCGGGGGGGUCCUGGGUCACCACAUUUACACCCCCUACAGCGCCGAGCAGUCCCUGGGCCAGUGGAGUGGCCCCGGCCCCGCCCAGUACCCCCCCCCUCCUCCUCCUCACCACCUGCCCACCGACUACACCACGCCGGCUGUCCACCACAGCUAUCACCAUGGCAACGUGGCGGAGUGGAGCCAGUACCCUCUCUUUUCCUACUCCUGCUGGUGAGCGGUUCUCCUGAGGGAGAGUGCCGACAGAGA